CAGAGAGACGGUGCAAAUUUUGCAAUGCAUGUAAGGUCUUAGCCCCACGUACUCUGUGGCUGACAGCUCGGAGAGGAAGCGGCAGAGAGCGAGAUUUCCACGAUAUAACAAUUUCUGCGACGCUCUUCUUUUUCUUUUGUCCAUUUACUUUUUGGACUCAAGGAGAGGCACCGAUUUUGACCAUCGGGCUGCGAUGGACGGUCGUGAUGAUGUGGCUGUCCAGUCUCCGUCUUCCGGCGUCUUGUGCUCAAUUUGCAUCGAGGUGGUCGCCGAUGAUGGGAGUAGAUCCAGGGCUAAGUUACGGUGCGGCCACGAAUUCCAUCUUGAUUGCAUAGGAUCAGCAUUUAACAUGAAGGGAGCUAUGCAAUGCCCUAAUUGUCGGAAGAUUGAGAAUGGUCAAUGGUUGCACGCAAAUGAUCAUUCAGUUCCUGAGAACAGUUCUGUGGAGGAAAUAAUUGGGAAUUUUGGAAAUCAAAUUGAUCCUGACAUGCCUUUUAACGGUCAUUGGUGCCCAUUUGGAAUCACAGGAUUUGGUUCACCUUUUCAGGGGUUGGAAUUUCCAUCAAACACUUAUCAUGAUCAUGGAGACCGUGCUGCUGGGUCAUCUGUGCCUCCCUUACAUGCCGGGUAUGCUGGACUAAUUCCUCCUGCAAUCUCAAGAUCUACUAGUGGCAUUAAUGAAUCCUACUUCAAUCAUCACUGGAGCUGCCCAUUCAGACACAACGAGAUGUUUGAUCACCAUGCUUUUCCUACCAAUAUGCAAAAUCACGGUUGGGGGCAUCAAUCCUCUCCUCUCUGCCUAACUGAUAGCAUAUCACAGUGCCAGUCCAGCUCCUCUUCCCCUUGCGAGUGCAUAUUCUCAUGGAGAACAUAUCUACAACUUCUGGUCUGACCCCAGAGUAAGCAUUCCUGUGACUAGGCAAGGAGGCUUGCCUACAACAGAGCCUGCAAUAGAGCCAACACCAAUAGAAGCCGAAGAGAAUGGUGACUUCUGCGUCUUUCAUCAUCCUUGUGCAUCAGCUUCAUCAAGUGAAAAUGUGCGUGAGGUAGGACGUGACCUUUAUUUCGAUAUAUGGUCAAGAGAGUGAGUAUCUGCAAAAUUGCCACCUACUUCUAAUUGGAAGAAGAGAUUCAGUGUCUGUAAACAGCUUUUGAAGUAGGUGGUUGUUGGAACCUCCAAAUAAAUCUUAAAAAAUCUUACUAGUUUAAAAAAACUAUUUAAGGGGUUUAGCUUAGGGUGGUUUCUCUCUGUUCAAAACUUCAGAGCAUAAAAAUUUUACUUACCUCUUCGCUUUAGAACGAAGUAUGUGUAAACUAAAUGGUUUAUUAGUUGUUGGAACAGCUUGUAGAUUGCAUCUAAAUUUAGGACUAGAGGUCCGGUAGUCCUUACCAUGUAUUCCAACAGGUAAGAAUUUUCUUUCUUCGAAGUAUAACAAUUUACCUUA